AAUUAGUGACUCAAUUUUGGCAAAAAGGAAAAAGAAGGGCAAGUCAUGGCUACUCUAAGAUUUCCAAGAAAAUACCAACCUUUGAUCAUCCUUUUUCAGUUCUUUGUGUUAAUACAAACCCAAAUAGUGUUGUGUUAUCAGUACAAAGUUGGAGAUUUAAAUGCUUGGAAUAUACCCUCUUCUGCAAAUCAAGAUGUCUAUCUCAAAUGGUCCAAGAAUCACCUCUUUAAGCUUGGAGAUUCACUCUUAUUUUUGUACCCACCAAGUGAAGAUUCAGUAAUACAAGUGACAAAACAGAAUUACAAUAGUUGCAACCUUAAAAAUCCAAUCUUGUACAUGAACAAUGGGAAUUCACUGUUCAACAUUACAAGACCUGGGGAGAUUUAUUUCACAAGUGGAGCAGAAGGGCAUUGUGAGAAGUUGCAGAAACUUCACAUAUCAAUAGGAGGAGGAAAUGGAUCAACUUAUGAUGAAGCAGAUUCACCUGCUUUUGCUCCAUCACCUUCUUACACUAAUGUUUUUGGUUCAAUUCCUGUCCAAUCUUCUAAUUCAACCUCUUCUUCAUCUUCGGGGAAACUGCAAAUGUCUGUUUUUCCUGCUGUUGGAUUGCUCUUUCUUUCUCUGUUUAUAGGAACCAUUAUUCUUUAGAGAACAGGACUGGACAUUUGAAUUUGAAGAUUCCACUCAUAUCUUUUUGGUUGUAUUGAGGCAUUAUUUAUUGAUACUUUGCAUAUGUUGUUAAAUUUGUGAAAGAGUUUAUUUAUUUAUGAUGAUGAUGAGUUUCUUAGUGGAGCUUACCAUUUUUUUCCUUUGAGCAAAAA